CGUCACACGCGUGCCUGUGUUUUUUGACUUCACAUAAAGGCACACCAGCAGAGCGCCGUUCGCAGAUCAAGAAAGAGAACGGGCUCGUACGCGAUUGUCGCGAUAUAGGGACGAGGUUUGGACAAUACCGAGUAUCCUCCGCUGAAGCCAGUGGACUCGGACUCUGGCCCAAGGAAAUCUACUUGAAAAAAACUGUUUUGACGGGUCAAGAGGAGCCCACGCGCCUCCGACACACUGCGGAUAACAUGGCUUCCUCCAACCUGCCCCAGAUCUCCUCCGAUAAGCGCUUCCUAAUCUUCUUUGACUUCGACGAGACCAUCGUGGACGAGACCAGCGAUGACAUGGUGGUGCAGGCAGCGCCCAAUCAGGUGCUCCCUGACUGGCUGAAGGACACCUAUCAGCCGGGCCACUACAACCAGUACAUGCAGCGCGUGCUGGCCUACCUGGCAGAGCAGGGCGUGACGGAGAGCCAGAUCCGGGCAGUGAUGGAGAAGCUUCCCGCCACACCGGGCAUGCUCACCCUGCUCCAGUUCCUGCGCACGCGCCCCCCGCAGGACUUUGAGGUGGUGCUGCUGUCCGACGCCAACACCUUUUUCGUGGAGGCGUGGCUCCGGCGCACGGGGGCCCGGCCACUCUUCCACCGGAUCUUCACCAACCCGGCGAACUUCAACAAGGACGGCCGGCUGGUCAUGCGGCCCUUCCACUCCCACGACUGCCAGCGCUGCCCCGAGAACAUGUGCAAGCAGGCCGUGCUCCGGGAGUACGUGACCCGCCGGGCCAAGGAGCGCGGGCGUCCCUACGAGAGAGUGUUCUACGUGGGGGACGGCGCCAACGACUUCUGCCCGGCGACGGUCCUCGGGCCCAGGGACGUGGCGUUCCCACGGCGGGAUUUCCCCAUGCACCGGUUGAUCACGGAGAUGCACGAGGCCAUGCCCGGGGAGUUCAGGGCAGUCACGGUGCCCUGGGCCGGGGCGGAGGAGGUGGUGCAGCGGCUGAGGAAGAUCAUGGCGGAAUAGAGGAGGAAGGGGAGGGGGAAGGCAUUGCACAAACACAUAAUAGGAUGUGUGUUUUUUUAAGGGGUUAAUGUACAACGCAGACCACACGCACACUCAGAAAACACACACAGAACACAAAUGCAUACGGCACACCCACACAGUAGACACACUCACAGAACACACACACACACUGUGCAUGUAUUGUACACACUGUGUACAAUACAUGCAUACACAGAAUACAUACGACCACACACACACACAGAACACGCAAACAGACCACACUCACACUGAACACACACACAGACCAAACAGCCUAUAUAUAUAUAUAUAUAAUUUAAAAUAAACAUCAGGUAUAAUAUCAUACAUAUGUGCCAGGGUAAUAACAUUAAAAUAAAUGCUGGGAACCCAUUGGAAAUGGUUUAUAUUUUGUUUUUCAUUGUUACUUCUGCUCACCUUUUGGUUCCGAGGCCGCUCUAAAAGAAUCUGAAACAGAGUUAAUAAUUAUGUCUGUCUGUAUUUUAUCCGUUUUUUGUUACUAUAUUAUAGCCUAUUAUAAUAAUGGUUGGAUGUUCCUUCCUUACUAUAACGGGUUUUUUUUAGAUAGUAAACUUCCACCUAAUAGAAAAUUUGAUUAUGUGUCGCCAUCCAGUGUUAUUUUUGUAGAACCACAGGGGAUACUGAAGCGUCUGCAAAAAAUACUAUCACACUAUAAAUAAUCAGACCCAUUAAACAUUUUUAUUUGAAUGAAUAGGUAUAUAUAUUGGAUGUGUAUUUGUCUGUGUAAUGAAGAUGUUUAUAUAGGCCUACUAUAUGAAACUUAAAACCAGCAGGAAUAAAGCC